AUGCGGCAGUGGUGGGGCUCCUUAAAUAAUCCAAUCAAAUGUCCUUCCCUUUCUGCUGCAGUUUACGUGCAGGCAGAACUGCAGGCUGUUCCCACCACAUUUGUUGGUACUGUGGUUAGGGACUCUCUGCCUGGUGUGGACACGACCCCUGGAGCCAGAAGCUCUCUAUGUUGGUCGUCAGCUAUGACCAGGGCUUUAUCUGAAGAGCUUCUGAAAGGUGUAUGUGUCCUUGACCAGAUGUUCUCUUUUAAAAUCAAUAACCUCUCCUCUGCAAGCUGUUACAAAUUCUUGUCUCACACAAUGCUUUAUCAAGGAAAUAUUUCUCAGUAG